GUGUUUUGUUCACUCAGUGUCGUUAUUAUUUAUCUGAUACAGUAUUUUUUUGCUCAUCUUUAUCAAGGGUGCCAAUCAUUUUGGGCCAGACUACCUGCAGUAUUCCAACACAUUAAAUGCAGUGUAUUCACACGGUGAUUAUAUGAUGUAAGAAAAUGUUAAUAAUCCAUAAAAAUCCACAUGGUGCAAAAUGUUUUCAGCAUUUUUGUAGGGCAAUCUGUUUGUUUUCUGCUUGAUACCCAAAGCUGCGAUAAUUUUUUUCCCUGACUGUUUUGAACCAUGCACCUGCAGGAUCACAAAUUGGAGGUUGAGGCAGAGAUCAGCCUUUGCAGUGGAAUGAAAGAGUGAGAGGCACCUGUCGGCUUGAGGCAGUUAUUUUCCACUGUGAUAGUAAAUAAACAGCACACAUGACAUCAGCUUGCAGAGCCUUAGGUAGACAGGAGAGCGGGAGAGUCCAGGGGCGAAGUGAGGGGAGAGCGGCUAGGGGGAGAAACAUUCAUCUUGCAUGUGUUUCCGUUUCACACCCUGGAUAUCUUUUGGGUUUGCUUUUGUGUGUGUGUAUGCACGUGCGUGUGUGUGUGUGUGUGUGUGUGUGUGUGUGUAUGCGUGUUUGUGUGUUUUCUUGUGUAUGACUCAGAAGGUCUAUGGUAACACAGGGCUGCAGAUGGAGAUAGAUAGGAGAAACGCCUGUUAGAAAGAAACAGCAAAGAGGAAGUGAGCACUGAGAGGGACAGUAUGGCGACACAGCUGAGGAUCCGAGAUACAGGUCUGGGCUUUGACCAAGAGAACGGGUGCUGUGUGCUCCACAUGCAUUGUAGUGGAAAUACACUGUCAGUUUUGGGGAAACGGGGGCCUUCAGUUUCCUGAGACGCACCACUGCGAGGAGGAAACGGAGCAGAAUAUAGCCCAGAGAGGAGGCAGACAAGGCGUGAAGGACUGCCCUGGAUGACUGCUGUCACCAAGAUAGGGAGCGGUGACGUGAGAGCCAUGAGGGAGGAGAGCGAGGGGGAUUUGCUGCACCUACACAUCAUCCCCGAACACUGUCUCCACUAACACCUCCAUCCCCAUUCCUGCUCCAUUAUUUUUGUUUGACCCCGGACGCGCCCCCUUUUCCACCCGGCACGUUCUCCUCUGUGAUCACCACGUUCUCCUCUGUGAUCACCACGUUCUCCUCUGUGAUCACCACGUUUUCCUCGGUGUUCACCGCGUGGCAGACGACCAUGGGUUGCCGGCAGAGUUCGGAGGAGAAGGAGGCGGCGCGGCGCUCCCGGCGGAUCGACCGCCACCUGCGCUCGGAGAGCCAGCGGCAGCGGCGUGAGAUCAAGCUCCUUCUGCUGGGCACCAGCAACUCUGGCAAGAGCACCAUCGUCAAGCAGAUGAAGAUCAUCCACAGUGGAGGCUUUAAUCUGGAUGCCUGCAAGGAGUACAAGCCCCUCAUCCUUUACAACGCCAUCGACUCGCUCACACGCAUCAUCCGUGCCCUGGCCACGCUCAAGAUCGACUUCCACAACCCCGACCGCGCCUAUGACGCCGUGCAGCUCUUCGCCCUAACCGGGCCGGCCGAGAGCAAAGGGGAGAUCACAGAGGAGCUGCAGGGGGUCAUGAAGCGCCUGUGGGCCGACUCAGGCGUGCAGGAGUGCUUCUGCCGCUCCAACGAGUACCACCUGGAGGAUAACACUGCCUACUAUCUGAACGACCUGGACCGCAUCUCCUCCAACGAGUUCAUCCCCACCGUGGAGGACAUCCUGUGCUCCCGCGACAUGACUACGGGCAUCGUGGAGAACAAGUUCACCUUCAAGGAGCUCACCUUCAAGAUGGUGGACGUGGGGGGGCAGCGCUCGGAGAGGAAGAAGUGGAUCCAUUGCUUCGAGGGCGUGACCGCCAUCAUUUUCUGUGUGGAGCUAAGCGGCUAUGACCUCAAGCUAUACGAGGACAACCAGACGCCAGGAUUCUCGUUCACAGGCAGACCACCACACAGCCUUACCAUAAUGCAGGAGAUGAGGAACGGGAUGAUGCACUUCCCACCACCUGUAAGCAGAGACAGGGUCAUAUCCAAGUUCCCAAAGUGUUAUACUCCACAGGCCUGUCUGCAGAUUAAGGAGGACUGGGAUACCAGGGCCAAGGCUGCCUGCAAAGAAAGAGCCGACAGGCAUCAGGGAUGGGACAGACUGAAGAUGUCUAAAGCAGUGGUUGUUGGUGACCUUAAUGUGGGCAAGACCUGCCUAAUAAACCGGUUCUGCAAAGAUGUAUUUGACAGAGACUACAAGGCUACCAUAGGAGUGGACUUUGAGAUUGAGAGGUUUGAGCUCUCAGGAGCUCCAUUCUCCCUUCAGAUCUGGGACACAGCUGGCCAGGAAAAAUUCAAAUGCAUCGCUUCAGCAUACUACAGAGGAGCUCAAGUGAUAAUCACAGUAUUUGACAUGGCAGACAUUAAGAGCUUGGAGCACUCAUGGCAGUGGUUAGAUGAGGCCAUGAGGGAGAAUGAACCUGGCUCCUGUUCUGUUUUCCUGGUUGGAACCAAGAGUGACCUACUUGCUCCAGAGGAGCGCCGGAGGACUGAGAGAGACGCCAUCAAGAUAGCAACUAAAAUGAAAGCUGAGUUUUGGUCUGUUUCGGCCAAGACAGGGGAGAACGUGCAGGGGUUCUUCUUCCGGGUGGCAUCUCUGGCCUUUGAAGACUCUGUACUGAAGGACAUGGAGAGAGGGAUCACCUCCACUCGAAUUGGAGGAGGAGACAGCAUCAAAUCUGACAGAGCCAACCUGGAGGAGCCCCAGUCCAAAGCAGUGAAUACGAAUUGCUGCUGAGGAAAGAGAAGAGGACUUGAAGUAGGAGUCAAGAGAAGGAAGGAGAGUGAGAUGUGUAGAAAGAUGUUGAAAUAGUGGAUUUUAAAAGUGGAAAGAGCUGUGACUGACAUGUGCCUCUAUUUCUCAGUCUUCACUGGUAUCAUUCAUACGUGGACACACACAAGUGUCUACAGCCUUUAUAAUCAUCAUUUAGUACUGCCAUUUUGGGAUAUAAUGUAUCAACUUCUUGAUUUUAAUCCGGUCAUCAAUGACCUUUAUUAUAUGCAUUGUAAAGUAUUUUAUGAAUUCAGUAUUUUGUCGAAUUUUGGAAAUUAGGGUGCAUUUCAGACUCAUUUGUAGAAGAAGUGGUUUGAUAGUUUAUGUAAUAUACUGUAUUAUCAUUAUGUAUUGUGUAGCCCUAACAUUCUGCAGAUACAUUUACAAUAAUUUUAUUGCGUAUUUUUGUUAUUACUGCUAACCUCGUUCCUAGGCUGAAUUGUUUCUGCACAGAGACAGAGCUGGCUGGUGAUGACAUUACCCCUUAUCAAAAUAAAGUUUCAUAUUUUUG